AUGGCCCAACCAAAGAACAAGAGCCUCUUCAAGAAUGAAUCAGCCAUCCCCUUAUCCCUCGAAACACACUGGUUCAUUGGCCCAAGUCUAAGAUUCCCUUACCCUGCUCUCCGACAACUCAGCACAAUCCUCAACGCAGAUUACGCCUGGGAAUGUACUCCCAGCGCCUCACUAGACGGUAGCAUGGAUCACACCUUCCUUCAUCGGCGCCGUGGUAUGGGCCGACGAGGAAUCCGAUGUCCAUCCCCCCGGGCCCAGCGAGGUAAUAACCAAGAUCCGCGUACGCUGGAACUCGGCCUCGCUCAACGAGACAAUGAAAGGCGAGGUAAAGAACAUAUCCACCCAGCCUCGUCCUACCACCACAUCCAUAAGCCUAAACCAAGAUGUGAAGGAGGAAGAUCUCCAGCUGGCAUCGGAAUGACCCUAGCGUACAAGGCUCUAGAGCACGCUGGUAAAAAGGCAUUACAACAAAGCAGAGAGCCAACCGUGUUAAGUACUGGACGGACUCAUGGACGAUUGAUAUUCGAAUGGCAUGCUUCGGCCGAUUAUCCCAUCACGUAUGAAAGUGGUAUACUCCAACACGUUCCCAUAACCAGUAUACGACCAGGUGAUAUUCUGGAGCUAGCUGAUGGGCGGUUUAGAACCACAUGUCUUGCUCUAGCUAGUCUAGUACGGCAGGAGGAGAACGUUCGAUUCAAUGCCCAUACGGCUGUAAUAGUCGGGCUGAAGCUGGAAGAAAGCAAGCUCAUUGUAAUCGAGCAGAACGGUCGAGCGCGUUCCAUCGUGGCUGAGAACGAGUAUAUUCUCUUAGACAUGGUCAGUGGUACGGUCCAAAUCUACCGUCCCAUCGGUACCUCGCUCGCUUCAUCGACUUCUACCCUCUACGACGCUGUUUCUCUCACUGGUAUCUGCGAGAAAUGGUAA